UCACUGCACUAACCACAUUCUUUCACCUUCCUUUCUCCCCCAAAUUGACAUUUCUAUUAUUCCCCCAAACCCACUAAAUUAAUAUCUCCAGCCAUCCAUACAAUUCAAUUCCCUCCUCCCUGCAAUAUAGCUAUAUGGCUACCAUGUCCGGCGAAUUUCAGAGUAAUUCCGGCCAAGGCACCUCGUCGGUGAGGCCAGCUGCUGUCGGUGAUCAGCCUGAGAAACAGCAGACGCCGCUGAGCCGAUACGAGUCACAGAAGCGGCGAGACUGGAACACUUUCGGCCAGUAUCUGAAGAAUCAGUCACCUCCGGUUUCUCUCGCUCACUGUAACUACAACCACGUCCUAGAUUUUCUGCGCUACCUCGAUCAGUUCGGGAAGACUAAGGUCCACUUACAAGGUUGCGUGUUUUUCGGCCAACCCGACCCGCCUGCCCCUUGCACCUGUCCCCUCAGGCAGGCCUGGGGCAGCCUGGAUGCCCUCAUCGGACGUCUGCGAGCUGCCUUCGAAGAGCACGGCGGCUCACCGGAGAAUAAUCCAUUCGGAAGUGGAGCUAUCAGGGUGUAUCUGCGUGAAGUGAAAGAGUGUCAGGCAAAGGCCAGAGGAAUUCUGUAUAAGAAGAAGAAGAAGAAGAGAACCCCAAUUAAGGGACCUCAUCAGACAGCCAAGACUCUAAAGCAAAUGGCUUCUUGAGAGAACGUAACCUUGCCUCAGCUUUCGUGUCAGGGCUGCACGAAAGAAAAAGGUGGAAUUAGCAGAAGUGUUAUGGAGAAAGAGCAUUGGCUGAAAUCAUCCAACUCUGCUGCCUCAUUUCCACACAUAUUCAGCACAAACAGAAGGGAAAGAACAAGCGAAGUAAUAUGAUAUGUGUCGUCGUUAAUUAUAAGAAUAUGUUGUCUUCGUGAAAUUAAACCACCUUAAUUACUUUCAGCAAAUAAUCUUCGUUUAUAUCUUCUUAAUUCUAGUCCAGCUGUCUGCCCAUGCACAUGUAUUUGUAUAUAUUACCUAUUUGGAUAUUGUUAGCUUAAGAUAUCGUCUCAAGGCAAAUUAAUGGCUUUCUCCAUAUGCUGGCUGUGUGCGUCGGAAUUAAAUGCCUUGCCUGGGGUUUCACUUUAAUUU